CUUCUAUUAGGGCUUUUUGCUUCUUCUUGUCUCUAGGAUUUUCCCUUUCCUGUGUCGUACUAAACCCUCGAUUAACGAAGAAAUAAGAGAAUCUGGGUUAAGGUCUCAAAAGUCAUGACCGACAAAUCUGAGAAGAAGAACAAAAACUUGUUGGUGGCUACUGUCAAGGAUGAAUUCGCUUCGCCGGAGAGAAACAGUAUGUUUGGUCAAGCGGUAAUAACGACAACAGAGUAUGAAAUCCUGAAGGAGAAUAAUGAGAUUCUGAUAAAAGACUACGAAAGUCUUCAGGAUAGGGUUAAGCUUGCAGAGGAGAGCUAUGAGAUCAUGAAGAAGUAUCUUCAUAGCAAACCUGAGGAACCCGAGGCGACGAAUAAGCGCUUGUUGGAGGAUUGUGAGAGAGUGAGAAGCGAGAAGGAGAAGUAUAAGAAGAUGUUUGAGGAGAUGAAGAAGAUGGAGAGUGAGAGAAAGGGCACGAUUGAUGAGCUGAAGACAAGGAAUCAAGAGCUUCUGUUGGCGAGAAGGAAAUUGAGAGAAGAUGUGGAGGAAAUGGGGAGCAAGUUUGUUGAAUUAGCAAAGAGAUUUGGCGUUGUUGAGACAGAAUGUUCGUUCUUGAAAUCUGUCUAUGAUGCUGAGGUUGCAGCUUCUGGUACUGCAACUCCUGUCAUGUCAGGGAUUGGAGACACUGAGAAUCUCAUUGGUCAUGAUGGGAACGAGAAUGUGAACAACAAUGUCACAGACUCGAUGAUGAUAAGUGAUGAAAGCGAUGACGAGCACGAGAAUCCUCCAAGAGAGAGUAACAACAUUAGCACUCAACUGUCUGUUGAUAGAAGCCAAGAAGAACAAUGCAAGAAGAGAGCAAAUGUGAACCAAGCUUUGGGAGCUGUUAAUCAUCCACUGACUUUCCCUUCUUCAUCAUCUUCAUCAUCUUCAUCUUCAUCUUCAGAUGGCUAUGAAGUUCAAGUUAAAUAUCCUGCUAAUUGGCCCGAUUGGGCAAUCCCCAAACCGAAAGGUCCCGGGAAUGAUUCCAACAAGUCUUAGAACAUUUCAGAAAUCAGAGAACAUAGAGCCAGAAGAAGUGAAUUUGAAGUUGCAGACUCUUGAGUUAAGCUAGCUAG